GCUUCAGGAGCCUUCAAGAGCCUUCAAAAGCCUGGCAUGAUCAUACAGCAGCAAACUGAAACUGAACCACAGCGCCCCCUGGUAGUCAAUAGAGUUGGUCCCAGGAAAAAGACGGAGGGAUGUUUGCUUACAAAAGGCCCCAUGAGGCCUACAGAGGGGGAGGCUUGAGUUGCAAGUUGCUGAAGUGGAAUUGCAGGGUUCAACCAAGCAGCCAUCCUUUUGGCCAGUCAGGCUCUGGACAAGAAGAGGAGACUCCGGAAGGCAGUUUUCAGCAGCAGAUAGAAGAUAGCAAGCACUGGCUGUGGGAGGAAAGAAAGCCUGGGGCAAGGAGUGGAAUCCAGGCCUGUUCUUCCAGACAUAGUUCAUCAGGGUCUGGGAUCUGUUCUCUCUUGGCAUUGCCUGACCAGGCCAUGGCUCAGGUAUCUGACACCUGGGGCCCAGAGUCACAUGCCAGGAAACUCUAUACACUUGGGCCCCAGGUCGCAGCAGCUUCUAGCCGCAGCAAACAAACAGGACUUCUGAAGGAGGAAGCGGGUCUCCAGAGCCCACUGGCAGGGGGACUACUUCCGGGGAGAAAGUGCCAACCAGACCCCCUGGUGUUUGCCUGGCUUCCCUGGCAGACGCACAGGAUCGUCUAUUGCCCAGACUCUCCUCCACUCAAGGAUUAUGUUUAUCUGUGAACAUGCUCCUACUAGCUCCUGGCCUCCUGCCCUUCCUGCUGGUGAUAAGCACAGGGGGUUCUGUGCCCAGCCCUGGGGCAAUGCCCCAGGGUUGCUACAUAGCGGAAGAAGCUGGCGAACAGACAUUCCGCUGCAGUCAGGCUGGCCUGAGUGUGGUGCCCAAUGGCAUCCCCAACAACACCCGAAAGCUUUACCUGGAUGCCAACCAACUGGCAUCAGUGCCAGCUGGUGCCUUCCAGCACUUGCCUGUCCUGGAAGAAUUAGACCUGUCUCAUAAUGUCCUUGUCCACCUCUCAGGGGCUGCUUUCCAGGGCCUGGAGGGCACUCUGCGCCACCUUGACCUCUCUGCCAACCAGCUAGCAUCCGUGCCUGUGGCAGCCUUCAUGGGGCUGCAGAUCCAAGUGAACCUGUCUGCCAACCCGUGGAGCUGCGACUGUGCCCUACAGGAAGUGCUCAGGCAGGUGAGGUUAGCUCCAGGCUCUGGGACAGGCAUCGUGUGUGGUCCAGGAGCCCGACCAGAUCUCGUGGGACAGGAGUUCCUUCUGCUGACUAGGGAGGAAGAACUGUGUGGCACAGGACGAGGUGGGACACGAAGGAGCACUGAUGUGGCUCUGCUAGUUACCAUGGGGGGCUGGCUGACACUGGUAGCGGCUUAUCUGAUCCACUACGUGUGGCAGAACCGGGACGAGACCCGGCGCCCCCUCAAGCGGGCUCCUGCGCAGCCCGUGCGCUCAGAGGACUCCUCUACCCUUAGCACAGUGGUCUGAUGACCAAGAGUGCUCUGUGCUCUUGGUCCUAUGCACUAGCCUUUCUUCUACUGCUACCACAUCCCUUGCCCCGUCUGCCCUUUAUCCUUUCCUGACCUCCUCAAUACCUUCUCUGGUGCACUCUUGUGUGGGGGCUGUGAGGACAGGAGUGGGGGGCGGCAGAAUAAACAACCAUCUCAGUCGGCAGCAACUCAGAGGGAGAAGACAAUAGCUUAGGAGCAUAGGGGAGGAGCGUGAGCCUGGCAAGCGACGGUGACCACAGAGGCCUGGCUGUACAGAUGUGGGUAAUGACUCCAAAGAGGGCUUUGAUGGGGGCUGGGGAGAUGGUUCAGUCAGUGAAGCAUCUGUCCUGCAUGAAGACCUAGCUCAGCUCUCUGGUACUCAGCUCUCUGGGCACAGGGUGGGUGCCUGUAACCCCAGUGCUGGGGGCGGGAGAGAGACAAACAGAUCACUGGAGCUCAUUGGCCGGUCUGCUUAGCCAACAGGAAGCUCCAGGCUUAGGGGACCACGGGACACUGGCCCGAAAUCACGGGGAGAGCAGUUGAGGAAGGCAUUCAAUGGCAUCAACCUCCAGCCUCAGUUGUACCCACAUGAACAUGUACACAUACCACGUAAACACGCACCCACACACAUCCACCCAAAACAAGGAGUUGGGGAAGCACAGAAGGUGUACAAAAGAAAGGAUAAUAUGAAAAGACUUGGAGCCCAUGGUGAAAAC